AUGGACAAAUGUGUCUUUUGCGGAUGGUCACGGCGUGCAGCAUAUCCGGCUGUACGUUUUUUUGGCAUUCCAAAAGAACCUGGUAUGAAGCGUGUUCAGUGGUUACAUGCUAUUGGUAAUCGCGAGUUUACCAACAAGGACCGAGUUUGUAGUAUCCAUUUCCGUUCUGGACGACCUUCGAGCGACCCUUCUCAUGAAGAUUUUGUUCCUCACCUUUAUUUAAAUCGUGAAGCACCUCCGGAAAUGAUCCAUUAUCUCGACCAUUUGGUCGAUAAUAAAAUUGAUGAUUACUAUGAGUUGGAUUACAAGACAUCACUUUUACCAAAUGCCACUCCUCCAGUAUUGGAAUAUAACAGGACUUGCAGACCGAAAAUUUUGAAACGUAAACACAAAGGCAGCAGGAUUGCUGGUACCUCUAAAUUUGAAAUAAAAUCGGAUAUUCCAGAAGAUGUUAAUCAUACUGUUUCUACGUCGCAGCAGACUAUGCCUGAGACCUAUAACACUUCGGAAGGAGUGAUUGGACGUCCACAUCUCGUAAAUCUCCCUUCAACUUCUGGUCACGUUAAACGUGUCAGGUUGCAGCUCCUGCAGAGACCAAUUGCUGAAGCCGCUGGAAUUAAACCUGGUCAAACAGUCAUUAUAAAACGCCGCGUCCCAGUUUUGAAGUCUACUUUACAACGAUUAGAAAUAAAGAAUGAGGUGCCGAGCGUUUCCGGUGAAAAUAUCCUAGUUGCCGAGGAGCAAACGGUCUAG